CCUCGAAACGAAACGCCAUUGUAGGUCGUGAAACGUCAAGUUUGAGUGGCAGUUGAGCCAUGGCGGUCGCUCCCUUUACGAUCAAGCCCAGCCUUCGAAUGCCUUCUCUAUAGUUUUAUCGGAGAAAAUACUAUCGGAGUUCCCUGAUGAGAGCACCACAGUCGUCCUCGUCCCUAUGGACGCACCAGCUCCGCCAGUGCGUGCCGCUGACGUCAGCUGCAAUCAUGAUUGCGCUGCAACUGGGCCUGCUUGUCGUUUUCCUCCGCCUCCUCCAUUCCUCCCCUCCAUCCCUCCUCCCGAUCUCUCUUCACUCUCGCACCCUUCCCCUCACUCUCACAUCCUCAUCAGCCGGCGACUCUACCAAAUCAGAGUCGCGGCAUGAACAGAUCUCCGAUAAUUGCUGCACCGGAAAUAGCAGCAGCAGCAGUAGCAGCAGCAUCAAUGGCAGGAGUAGCGUUAACGACGGUAUCGGAGACGCUUCUAACGAGGACGAUCCGCCGCCCUUCCCUCCCCCGGAGCGCGCCAUCGUGGCGUGGUUCGCGCGCCGCUAUUGGUCCGCGAUGAACGCCGCGGCGGCGCGCUGCCGGCUGAAGCGCAGUCGCCAGGUGGCGUGGCAUGAUUUGCUGGCGGGAGUGAGCAAUCAGGAUAGGGUUACCCGCGCUGACCACCCGGGAAUCGCGGGGGCGUUCUUUGACACUGCCUUUGACUUCAGAUUCGUUCGAAACAUAGCGCGCCCGCCUUUCUCCUCAAACCCUGCGUGUCGGCAUCUGCGGCGGGGAAGCGCUUUCUCCCUGCUAAGGCAGCUGCCGCUGGUGCAGAUGCCGCCCAAAGAGCUACGGCUGCCGCCCAAAGGAUCAGAGAGGGGAGCGGGCGGCAGCGGUGUGAGGCUUAAACGGGUGGAGGUGGAUUCAGAUCUGACGCUCAUUGCCAUCGUCUUCCCGCAGUUCCACGCGUGCCAGGAGAACGACCAGUUCUGGGGAGUCAACUUCACCGAGUGGGACAACGUAAAGCGUGCCUUCUUCCACCCCACCACCUUCCGCCCCGUCGCCCACCCCAUCGGCCCCCACCCUCCUCAACCGCACCCAACCACUUCUCUCGAUCCUUCCCCUACCUCUCCAUACUCCGUCUCUGCCCCCAUGUCAAAUACGUCCUCCAUAUCCCACCCACUCUCGCCCCUCUCCGGUGGUUACUACAACUUCCUCUCUCGCUCCCACCGCCGCCGAACCGCAGCUCUGGCCCGAGCCUACGGCAUACAUGGGCUGUGCUACCACCACUACUGGUUCGGCUGCCGCCGAACCACACUCGCCGAGCCUCUGCUCCGGAUGCUGGAGGACGGCGAACCGAACCUCCCUUUUUGCCUUAUCUGGGCGAACGAGCCGUGGACGAACAGAUGGGAUGGGGCCAGGGGGGGUGGAAGUGGAAAUGGGGUUUUGAUGGAGCAGACUUAUGGGGGUGAGGCGUGCUGGAGAGACCAUUUUGACUGGCUCCUGAAAUUCUUCAAGCACCCAAACUAUAUUAAGGUGUCUGGUCGCCCUAUGUUCGGCAUUUACCAACUUGGCGAUAUCCCCGAACCUGAGGCUCGGGGAAUGUUUGACCUGUGGCACACCUUGGCUCGGGAGCACGGCUUCCUGGGCCUACACCUAUUCCAGUGCCUCACGCACACCAACAGCACGCCGAACCAGCGCUCCCUCGUCCAAGCCGUGGCAGAAUACGAGCCUAACUAUCGCAAGUUUAGGUUCGGCGAGACCCCAUCCCCUGUUCGGCUGCAUCAGAACCACUACCGAGGCUCGUACGUGGCAUGGGAUAACUUCCCGAGGCACUCGACGGACCUGUCGUGGAGGCUUGGGGACGUGGCAGAGGACCCAGUGCACUUGGCAGCACGAAUGGAGGCUCGGAUGAGGCUGGCUCGGCAGGACGUAGCUGAGGUUCGGCAGAGGUUCGGCAGCCCAAACGGCACGGGAUUCCAACAGCCUAGCAUAGUUCAAGUCCAAAAUGGGACAGAGCAUGGUCAGGAAGGGUCGGACGAAGACCAGAAAGGGACGGAGCAAGUGCAAGCGGGGGGUGGCAAUGGGACGUUCUUCUUUGUUGCCGCUUGGAACGAGUGGGGCGAAGGGAACGCCCUCGAACCGAACCACCUCUUUGGGUUCGGAAACCUCAAUGCCGUUGCCCGAGCCUACGCCCGGAGCAGGCUUCCCGCCACUGAGCCUCAGCUCGUGCUGCGGAGAUUAACCGAAGCUGCAGUGGCGUGCGAGCUUUGUCUUGACGUGAGAUAUUACGUGGAUAUGAGUGCGGAGCUCUAUGAGGGGCUGGAGGGGCGGGUGAGAGGGGAGCAAGGACGCAUAGUGAAGCACUUUCUAGAGAAGGGAUUUGGGGGAGGGAUGCAGUUUAGGCUGAGGAGGAAGAGGCGUGGGGAAGAGCUUGGGAAGGAGCGUCAGGGGGAGGAAGGGGAGGGAGAUGGCGAGAGGGACAGAGAAAGUGAGGUGGCAGAUCCGGAAGGAUAUCAUGAGCUCAGGUGCUCUGCGGGUACUAGUGUGGCAUGGGGUAGCAAUGCCACUACCGAUAAGGUUGCACGGUUGUACAGUAGAAAGUAUUACAGCCGCAAUGCCAGCCGGGGGUGCAAGUGGUUGAAGCUGCCUCUUGACUAUGUAACGGUCGCUUAUCUGGUAGAAG